AUGGCCGCCUCGGACCUUCCUCCCCUUCGCCACAUCGCUAUCGCAGAACUUCGUCGCGCAGACAUUCCCACCAAGAAGAUCCAUACAGACGAGGACCUCGUAUUCUGGAAGACUACUCGAGGAUACCAAGAUUACGGAUUGUUUCUGCGGCGGCUGAAUGAGUCCGUCGUAGGCUACACCCUACCUUGGACUGAGCCACCUAGUGAGCCGGCAGCAUCUAUAUUAUCUAUGCUAGAUACUCUCGAUCACUGGAUCGAUGAGAUUCCACCUCUACCAACCCCGCAGCGCUUUGGAAAUCUCGCGUUCCGCACCUGGGGGAGGCGUCUUGAAUCGGAAACUCCUUCUCUUCUACACACACUCCUACCUUCUUCCUUGCAUCCUGCCAUACCUUUCCUCUCGCCCUAUUUCGCUACGGCCUUCGGCUCGCCCGUGCGCAUGGACUAUGGCACAGGACAUGAGACGUCGUUCGCUCUCUUUCUGCUCUGCCUAUCCCUGCUCCGCUACAUCGAGCCCAACCCGGUACACGAGCGCGAGCUCGUUCUGUCUGUGUUCGUGCGCUACCUCAGGCUCUGCUGGCGCCUCCAGGACGUAUAUAACCUCGAGCCAGCGGGGAGCCACGGGGUGUGGGGCCUUGAUGAUUCGCAUUUCCUCGGGUAUAUCUUCGGCAGUGCCCAACUCCGAGAUCAGACCGAGUACUCGGUCUCGGCCGUGCUGCGGCCGCCUCUGCCGCUGACAAACUUGUAUUUCAUGUCAAUUAUGCGGAUACACGAAGUGAAACAUGGCCCGUUUCACGAACACUCGUCACAGCUGUAUUCAAUCGCUACUGGUGUCGCUUCAUGGUCGAAGGUGAACUCAGGGCUGUUUAAAAUGUAUGAGGCUGAAGUGCUGGGAAAGCGUGUGGUCGUGCAGCACGUCUUCCUUGGCGGACUCCUCGAUUGGAGCGUCUCCCCCGACCCGACACCAUCCACACCUACCCCAAACACUGUACCGACCCUCGCUCCACACCGCGCUGCGCUGUACCCGACAUCAAUACCCCACACAAACUCUGCGAGCGCCUUGCCUGCUACACGUGUUCCAUGGGCUACCACCGUGUCUCAGGCAUCUACCCCGCGCAGCCUCACAGGCUCGCCGUUCCGCACCGAUGGGGUGCACAGUGGUCACUGGCAUGGACAUGGACAUGGCCCGAUCAUCGCGGCGCGCAUGCCACUGGGGCCCACAGCAAGUACAGCCUUACGUCCGCUGGAUUCUACCUCAGGCACCUCUCCACGCUCGCUUGGUAAUGGCGUUGUCAGCUCCAUUCCCCCGCCUGCGGCAUCCAAGGAGCAUGAAUGUGCUAGGGGAGAGGGCGGUGCUCACUAA